CGAAAAUUUGACAGAUCAUCAAAUCGUUCUGUCAGUCGUCGGUCUUUUAGGUGACGCUACUUUUGUGUGAUUUGGAAAAACUUGCAAAUUUACUCAGUUUUCUUCAUUAAACUAGUUAAACUCAGUGCAAAAUCGAAUAACUACAUCAACAAGAUGUCUCUGAAAACAUACGGCGACAGGCCGGUCAGCUUCCAGCUGGAGGAAGGCGGUGAAUAUUUUUGCAUCGGCUCCGAGGUGGGAAACUAUCUCCGUUUGUUCCGAGGGUUGCUAUAUAAGAAGUAUCCGGGGAUGAUGCGUAAAACCCUUUCACCGGAAGAACGCAAAACACUGCUCGAGAUUGGCAUCAGCAACCAGUUCUUGGCCAGUUCGGUGUCGCUGCUGAGGGCAUCGGAAGUGCAGGACAUUUUGGAUGGUAAUGACGAGAAGUACAAAGCGGUUUCGGUGACCACCACGGAACCGCCUGCUCCACGCGAGAGCAAAUCCAGCAAGAAGCAACCCCCGUGGGUUCCGACCAUGCCCAAUUCUAGCCACCUGGAUGCGGUUCCGCAAGCGACGCCCAUCAAUAGGAACCGGGUCCACAACAAGAAGAUUCGCACCUUCCCAAUGUGCUUUGACGAUACGGAUCCUACGUUGAACAUUGAGAAUGCUGCCCAGGCUGAGGUUUUGGUUCCUAUUCGCUUGGAUAUGGAAAUCGAAGGGCAAAAGUUGCGCGAUACGUUCACUUGGAACCGUAACGAAUCCAUGAUCACUCCGGAGCAGUUCGCGGAGGUUCUAUGCGAUGAUUUAGAUUUGAAUCCAACGCCGUUUGUGCCCGCAAUUGCAGCCGCCAUCAGACAGCAAAUUGAGGCUUACCCGAGUGAGCCGAUAGUCCUGGAAGAGGGAUCCGACCAGCGAGUGCUGGUCAAGUUGAAUAUCCACGUCGGGAACACCUCAUUGGUAGACCAGGUCGAGUGGGACAUGGCCCAGAAGGACAAUAAUCCGGAAGACUUCGCCAUUAAACUGUGUGCCGAGCUGGGACUGGGCGGGGAAUUUGUCACGGCAAUCUCCUACUCCAUAAGAGGGCAACUUUCAUGGCAUCAGCGCACCUAUGCCUUUAGCGAGGCCCCUCUGGCCACGGUCGAGGUACCAUUCAGAACUCCGAGCGAUGCCGACCAGUGGGCACCAUUCCUAGAGACGCUGACCGACGCCGAGAUGGAGAAGAAGAUUCGCGACCAGGACAGAAACACACGACGAAUGCGCCGAUUGGCCAAUACUUAUACGUAGACGUAGGGAUCUGAAUCUGGGAGGCUUCGAUGUCUUGAAGAACUUUAGAUUUAAGCUAGCAUUUUAAGGUAAGUGUCGUCAAAAUAUAGUAUCCACAAAGGAAA